AUGCUGCUCAAUUUCCUCCAUGUCGGCCUCUUUGGCACUCUUGCUUCUCCAGUGGCUGCCUGGUCUAGGCCAGCCGUUGUCGUAGGCGCAGACAAUACAACCUACAAGAUGAUUGAUCUUGGGUGGAAUGUACGGAUCAAUGACACCCACACCCUACCAGUCACCGGCACGGUGCAAGACGUAUUGGAGGCCCUUCGCGAGGUCGACCCGAACUAUAUGACAGCUCGUAUACAAGAGCCUAUGCUCGCACACGACGGUCUUAGCGAUUCCCCACCAGCCCGUAUCUCCAGACGCAGCCAUAAACCGACCACGCAGGUCUGCCGCGUUCCUGGACACAAAACCGCAACCCUGGUCUAUAUAUGGCAGGGAAUCUUUCACCUCGACUCGACGGACGGCCAGCCAUCCAACGCUCCCGGGCCGGGCGAGUGCGGCAGGGUCAGCUGUUCUGAAGGUGCGGCAAUAGCCUGGUGCAACGAUAACAAGGAGACCAAAGUUCUUGAGUCUUUUAGUGACGUUGCGGAUGGCGCUGCUCGUCUUGCUAGGGACUGUCAACUGUUCCCAGGUGCUGGCCGGGCUGGCGGUCAGCAAUUUUUUGAAGAUGGUUGGAAUGUCAUGGUUUAUGAUGCAUGGUGUUAA